UUCCUGGGGUGUUGCGAGGCACCCUGGGAAUGAGGAAGUGGUGCGGAUUUUCGGGUGCGGAGCGUGGAUGGAGAGCGGGAAGAGGAAGGUCCGGGACUGACCCAGACCCAGUACAGCGGUGUUUCCGGGGCUCGCAGCGACUCUCCGCCCAGACGGGAGCUGCUCCUCGGGCCUGGCGUCGGUUUAAACCGCAGCCCCGACGCUCAACUCCCUCCUGCCGUCGAGCUUCCGGAGCUUCAGUCAGGCCGGGAAGGCACUUUCAUCCGCUGUGUGACCGAGAGUAAGUUCCCCGUUUUACCCUCCCGAUUGCUCACUGCUGCCUCCCGCAGCCAUGAAUUCCUUUCACUGCUCCGACUGCGGGAAAAACUUCAAGAGAUCCAGCGACCUGCUGAAACACCAGCGGACGCACACCGGGGAGAGGCCGUUCACCUGCCCUCACUGCGGGAAGGGAUUCAUCGAUUCCUCCAACCUGCAGAGGCACCGGCGGAUCCACACCGGGGAGAGGCCGUUCAUCUGCACUCAGUGCGGGGAGGGAUUCACGCAGUCCACCCACCUGCUGAUCCACCAGCGGGUCCACACCGGGGAGAAACCCUUUGUGUGCUCUGAGUGCGGCAAGGGCUUCAGCCAGGCCGUCCACCUGGUCACCCACCAGCGGAUGCACUCUGGGGAGAGGCCGUUCACCUGUUCCGAGUGCGGCAAGGGAUUCACCGAGUCGUCGACCUUGCUGAGGCACCAACGGAUCCACACCGGGGAAAGGCCCUUCACCUGCUCCGAGUGCGGGAAAGGCUUCAUCCGCUCAUCCAACUUGUUGACUCACCAACGCAUCCACACCGGCGAGAGGCCGUUCAGCUGCUCUGAGUGCGGGAAGGGGUUCAUCCGCUCCUCUAACCUGCAGCGGCACCAGCGGGUUCACACCGGCGAAAGGCCGUUCAUCUGCCCUCAGUGUGGGGAGGGGUUCACUCAGUCCACCCACCUGCUGAUCCACCAGCGGGUCCACGCCAUUCAGAAACCCUUCGUCUGCUCCGAGUGCGGGAAGGGCUUCAUUCAGGCGGUGCACCUGGUCACCCACCAGCGCAUGCACUCUGGGGAGAGGCCGUUCGCCUGCCUGCAGUGCGGGAAGGGGUUCACCGAUUUGGCGACCUUACUGAGGCACCAACGCAUCCACACAGGGGUCAGGCCGUACAUCUGCCUGGAAUGCGGGAAGGGAUUCACCGAGUCGUCCACCCUGCUGAGACACCAGCGCAUCCACACUGGGGAGAGGCCCUUCAUCUGCUCCGAGUGUGGCAAAGGAUUCAUUCGCUCCUUCAACCUGGAGAUCCACCAGCGUAUCCACACCGGGGAGAGGCCGUUCACGUGCACCGACUGCGGGAAGGGAUUCACUCACGCAUCCAACCUCCUGAGACACCAGCGUUAAGUGAGUUUGAUGCAAGAUAUUUAAACUUCACCGUUGCUGAAACUCUAGCGAGAGGGCAAGAGGAGAGCAGCAAUAGGACUUUGUUGCUGAUCACUACCACUGUGUUUCUCCUUAUUUUCAUAACCUGAUGAUGAUUGGACUAGAACUCAGUAUCUGGACUGACUGUAUGUAUUUAAUGCUCUAUGCAUAAAGCUGAGAAUGUGUCUGAAGAAGUGUCCUGACGCAAAAUGCCACUUGUCUAUGCCCUUCACAGAUGCUUCCUGACCCACUGACUUCCUUCAGCACUUUGUAUUUGACUCAGGAUUUCAGCAUCUGCAAUUCCUUGUGUCUCAACACCUUGUGAUUUCCGGCAUAUCCGCUAGAUCCCUCAGAUGCUUCAGAGAGAGACAAUCAAACUUUCCCUGUAGGUGUUGAUCGGAGUCUGGACUGAACUCCAGGGUUCUAUAAGAGGGGGGAUCUUAUAGAAACUUACAAAUUUCUUAAGGGGUUGGACAGGCUAGAUGCAGGAAGAUUAUUCCCGAUGUUGGGGAAGUCCAGAACAAGGGGACACAGUUUAAGGAUAAGAGGGAA